CAGCCGUUGUUACAGAGGCUAUGGCGAUGAUGGGGUGCUGCUAAAAGCAAAAGAAUGACCUGAGAAAAAGGUAGAAAAAAACCAAAACAGCCUCAGAUUCUCUCCAUUUUUCCGAUUUGCCCUUCCAUUUCUACUUUGGCGUCGUCUCCUCCUGUUUCCCUGUCUUCGGUAAGUCUCCUCUUUCUCUCUCCGUUAAGGCUAUGUUUGGAGAGAAAGACCUCUCGAGUGAUCUCCCCUGUAAGGGAGACGAAAAGGGUCAGAACCCUGUAGAGAAAAUCGGUUUUUCUCAAAAGGGUAUGGGUUUUUUUAGAGGGUCAAACUCGAAGAUGGAUCUUGUUGGGUUUUCCUCUUCUAGAUCGUCAACAAAGCCUGGGAAUUCUGGGUUUCAGGAGUUGACUCUCAGCUACCUCUGUGACAAUCCCAAACUGGGUUUGCCUCAGAAUGGGAAUAUCAGCCAGAAAGGGAAAGAAGUUGUUCUUGUUUCUGAGAAUCCGAAUCAAGAUGAGAAAUGGGUAGAGAGGGAUUUCUUGAAUUUGAGUGGAAGUAGAGGGAAUUCUUCCAAAAGAGAGGUAGAUGAAGAGUUUGAGGAAAGGGAUAACAGCAGUAGGGAGAAGAAGCCUAAGUUAGAGACUCUUAAUCUGUCCCUUGCUUUGCCUGAUGUGUCCCUCUCUCUCACUGCAUCAAAUGCUUUGCAAAAUGGUGAUCCCCAAAUUAGGUCAAAGCCUUGUGGGAGUGUACAGUCUCUGCCACAAUCAAUGAACACACAGACAACCUGUUCCAAUGAUUUCACUGCUGCUUCAUUGUCAUAUUCUUAUUCUCACCCCUUUUCGCAUAAUCCUAGUUGUUCUUUGACCAGAAAUUCAACUGAAAAUUAUGAGUACUCUGUUGGGAGGGAUGAUCAACUUUGGUGUGGUGGUGAAGGGACUAACGGAUCUGUUCAUAGUAGGUUUAGGCCAAUUGGAGAUGCAGUGGUUUUGGCCAAUCCUGCUGGUGGUGGUGGUGGUGGUGGAGGGAUUUCUCUUCAGAAAACUACCAGUUCAGAUAAUCAUUCAUUUUUCCCUUCUGAAUUGCCAGCUAGGCCACGCAUAGACGAUCUUUCAGGGGAUUCAAGGAGGAGGAAUUCUGAUAAUUUGAGGGUUUUGGAGAGUAUGGAUGCAGGGAGAGGAAGAAAGCUUUCUAGUCCAGAGAGAAUUCUUCGUGAGAUUGUAUUGGAAGCUAUACCUGCUAUGGCUCAGAUAAUACAGGAGCUAUCAGAUGACACACUGAAAGCUACUAAAGAAUACUUGACGAAAAUUAUAGCAGCGCCAGAGAAGAGGGAAGAAUUAGUGAUUCUUCAAAACUGGCUGGAGAGAAGAUCUGAUCUUACUAAGGAGACUCUGUCAAAGUGCCAAAAGGAACAGCUAGAAAUUAUGGUUGCAAUUAAAAUGGGCCUUAAAAGUUUCUUAUCUGAAGAAGACAGGCUUCCCACGACUGAGCUGUUAGAGAUUUUCUUGUUCAUGAGAUGUAGGAACCUGAAUUGCAAGAGUUUGUUGCCUGUCGAUGAUUGUGAUUGUAAGAUAUGCUCUGGUAAUAAGGGGUUUUGCAGUUCUUGUAUGUGUCCUGUCUGCUUGAGUUUUGAUUCUGCUAGCAAUACCUGCAGUUGGGUCGGUUGUGAUGCUUGUUCUCAUUGGUGUCAUGCCGCCUGUGGUCUUCAGAGGAAUUUGAUUAAGCCAGGUCCUAGCUUGAAAGGACCAUCUGGGAUUACUGAAAUGCAGUUUCAUUGCAUUGGAUGUGGUCAUGCUUCCGAAAUGUUUGGGUUUGUGAAGGAUGUCUUUGUAUGCUGCGCAAAGGACUGGGGUCUAGAAACACUGAUUAAGGAGCUUGAUUGUGUCAGGAAGAUUUUUAGGGGUAGUGAUGAUUCAAAAGGCAAGGAGUUGCAUGUUAAAGCUGAUGAGUUGCUCACCAAACUGGAAAGUAAAAUGAUGCCUGCUUCAGAUGCUUGCAAUAUCAUUAUUCAGUUCUUUAACUACACUGAUGGGAUGACAGACCUUUCUGUUUCUGGUGUAUCUACAAAGAACAUGAUGAUAACUCAGGCUAGCCUUGCCAAAGAUGAAGCUUCUAUUACACCAUCCACUUCUCUUCUUCCAAAGUACAAUGCUCACAAUGCAAAUGCUUUCUCUCAAAAGGACCUUAAGGCUGCACUCAUGAGUGAACUAAAAUUUGAGGAUGAAUUCCAGUUUGGGAGAUUAUCACAGAACGAUGGAUUUGACAGCUUGGAAAGCAUGAUACGGAUAAAGGAAGCAGAAGCAAGAAUGUUCCAGGACAAAGCAGAUGAAGCUCGCAGAGAUGCUGAAGGUUAUAAGAGGAUGAUCCAAGCGAGGACUGAGAAAUUGGAAGAAGAGUAUGCUGAGAAGCUCGCAAGAUUGUGUUUACAGGAGACUGAGGAUAGGCGGAGGAAGAAACAGGAAGAACUGAAGGUUUUGGAAAAUUCAAACUGUGAUUACUACAAAAUGAAGCUCAGAAUGCAAGCUGAGAUUGAUGGUUUGUUGGAGAGAAUGGAAGCCACGAAGCAGCAGUUGGUCUAAUCUCUUUUGCAUUUUCAAUCUUUUGUUAACAGUGUUGCUAAAAAUGUUUAAACCACCCAUAUUUUUUUACGGUUUGGAUAUUACUUAACUAUUUUUCUUCAAUUGGGGAGUGUGAUUGCUUUUUGUUUUUCAUUGGUGCAUUUGAGUUUGAGCUAAUAUUGGCGUAUUGUGGUUUGAGUU